AUGAAUGUCGAUGAAGUUUUAAAUUAUCAACCAGCAAAACCUGCAGUUUCAGCAGCUAAUGCUUCCAAUAAACGAACUACUGAUGCAGGAAUGGCAUUACCUGUCGGAUAUCCGAAACGUACCAAACGUCCAAUCUUGGACGAUGGUCCUAUGCUAUCAUCAAAUGGUUCAUCAAUUAGUUCAGCGAAUCUUGCAUCAUUAAAUAGCGAAGAACGUGAUAAACUUUUACAAAUGCUUGAGCAAGAAUCAUCCACAGUAGAAUUGGAUGAAACAUCUUUGAAACGUAUGCUUUCACAACUUGAAAAACGUAUUUCAAAAAAUCAAGAAAUGCGUAUUAAAUAUCCAGAUCAACCAGAAAAAUUUAUGGAUUCAGAAAUUGAAUUAAACGAUGCUGUACAAGAAUUACAUGCAGUUGCAACACAAUCUGAUCUUUAUCAUGUACUCGUUAAUAUGAAUGGAAUAAAUUUAUUAAUGGGCUUGUUGACGCAUGAAAAUACCGAUAUUAGUAUUGCUGUUAUUAGUCUUCUACAAGAAUUAACGGAUGUCGAUACAUUAACUGAAAGUGAAGAACAAGCGACAAUGCUAAUUGAUGCACUUGCUGAACAACAAAUCGUUUCAUUACUUGUUCAAAAUAUGGAUCGACUUGAUGAAAAUGUUAAAGAAGAAGCAGAUGGUAUACACAAUUCAUUAGCUAUUGUAGAAAAUAUGACUGAAUUUCGAACUACUCUAUGUAUUGAUGCAUGUAAACAAGGCCUAUUAACAUGUUUACUCAAACGUUUAAAAAUUAAAGCACCAUUUAGUUCAAUUCGUCUUUAUUGUUCAGAAUUAAUGUCGAUUUUAUUACAAAAUCAUGAUGAAAAUAGACAGAUGCUUGGCGAAUCAGACGGCAUUGAUGUACUUUUACAACAGCUUGCAUACUACAAACGACAUGAUCCUCAGACAAGUGAAGAGUUCGAAUACAUGGAAAAUUUAUUUAGUUGUUUAUGUUCAUCAUUAAUGUUUGCUUCUAAUCGUCAACGAUUCCUGAAAGGUGAAGGGCCUCAUCUUAUGAACAUUAUGCUUAAAGAAAGAAAAGCUUCACGCAAUGGCGCAUUAAGAACAUUGGAUUUCGCUAUGACUGGCGUUGAAGGAAAAGAUAACUGUCAAAUAAUUGUUGAUAUACUUGGUUUACGUACAAUAUUUCCAUUAUUUAUGAAACCGCCUAAAGGACAUAAACGAUCUGGUGAAACACGAGCAGAAAAUGAAGAACAUGUUAUAUCAUGUAUAGCUUCAUUGGUAAGGAAUUGCAAUGGUGCAAAUCGUCAACGUUUAUUAAAUAAGUUUACUGAAAAUGAUCAUGAAAAAGUUGAUCGUUUAAUGGAACUUCACUUUCAAUACUUCGAACGUGUAAAAGAAGCUGAUAAUAGUAUUGAACAAGAUCAAGAAGAAGAUGAAGAUGAAAUUUAUCUUCGACGAUUGGACGCAGGAUUAUUCACUUUACAGUUGAUUGAUUAUAUUAUCAUAGAAAUAGCUUCAUCAACAACAAGUAUUCCAUCGAUACGACAACGUGUUUUACAAAUUCUCAAUUUGAGAAGCACUUCAAUUGAUACGAUUAAAAAUCUUAUACGCGAAUAUGCAACUAAUUUGGGAAUGACAAAGAAAACAACUAGUGGCGAUCAUUCAUUAACAGAUGCUACAAGCAAUGGAAAUAGUGACGAUCCACAUAAACAACAUCUAUUGGAUUUACUUGAAAAAUUCUAA